AUGGCGGGAAGUCCUGGGUCCAUCAUCUUAAGGGAAGGCCGUCAGAUAAGGUGGUGUCUGUGCCAUCACUGCUUCUGUGGUCCCUCUGUGCGUCCAGAAGCUUCAGUGGAAGGGCAGCCCCUAAGCACCAGCUUCGGAGGCAGAGCUGCUCCGGGGCCUCCAGAUCGGCCGUGUAGCUCAGGUGCUGCUCUGGCCACACGGUGGGGGGAGUGGGUUGUUAGUGUCCAAAAGGAAUUUGAGGUGCUUCUUUCAAAGGACCCCAAAGCCAGUAGUAAGCUGUUCUUUAAAAUAAUCAAGCACAGAGGCCCUCUGGGUGGAGCCGCCCCGACAUGGCCUCGCGUUCCAGCUGGUGAUGAAUGGCGUCACUUCCAUCUGACCACGACAAAGCCUUUAACCCCUCUUUCUUCUUUGCAGUCCUUUCAGGGAAGUCAGGGACGAGCCUACCUCUUCAACUCUGUGGUGAACGUGGGCUGCGGCCCUGCGGAAGAGCGGGUCCUUCUCACCGGCCUGCAUGCCGUGGCGGACAUCUACUGUGAGAACUGCAAGACCACACUCGGGUGGAAAUACGAACACGCCUUUGAGAGCAGUCAGAAAUAUAAGGAAGGAAAAUUUAUCAUUGAGCUUGCUCACAUGAUCAAAGACAAUGGUUGGGAGUAAAGUGAAAACUUCCUGUUCUCUUUUGAAUACGAUUUUGUGAAAGAGACGGUAAAAGUAAUGGAAACAUAGGCAUAUCUGAUGGCAGUUUCUUGAACUCGAGCCUCACAGGCGGCCUCUCCAGGACAAUCCCCUGGGUAAGGCGUCCCUCCGAUCUGUGUCUUCUUCAAUAACACGGUUAUUUCUGAAAAGUUUCAAUGACCUUUUUCUAAUUUCUCAAGAUGUAGAGAAAAGACCCGACCAACUGGUGACUUAUCCAUCCAGUUAACACCUUCUUUAACCAAUGCCUUUAAGAUAGUUUGGCUGUGCUCUUUCGUGUUUGAUAGAAAACCAGACCGAAGCCCCAAAGCCCACAGGGAGGUCUCUUCGGAGAGCCAGCUUCCCCUCGUUUGGAGAGAAGCCACUCACCUGGGCUUCCUUUUGACACCAUCUCUGCCUGGACCUGCAGCCUGGAUCGUGGGGAGUGCCCUGCCUG